AUGGCCUCCGCGCGCGACAAGGAAGCCGCCGACGGGCCGAGGCGGCAGCUGCACAUGCUCAGGAUGUUCGAGCGCGAGAACGCGGCGCGACUGCGCUGGUACCGCGGCCGCAUGGAGCGCGGCGAGCACGAGCCCGCCAGGCCGCGCGGCACGCCGGGCCUGCAGGGGGCGGCGCGCGAGGCGGCGCGGCGGCGGGCCGAGAGGUACCGCGCCGCCGCCGCCGCCCGGCGUCGCGGGGCCGAGCCACGGGGGGGCGGCGCGCCCGAGCCGCCGCUCCCGGUCCCUGCCUCUUGUGUCUGCGGGGUGCCUCCGCCCCAGGACCCCGGCGAGGCCUCUGAGAGAUCACCGCCGCCCCCGGACACAGCACCCGCCUCAGAGAGAUCACCGCCACCGCCCCAUGCCCCGGAGGUGUUUCCACCGCCGCCCCAGGACCCCAGCAAGGCCUCUGAGAGGCUGCCGCCGCUGCCGGACACAGCACCCGCCUCGGAGAGACCGCCGUCGCCCCAGGACCCCAACAAGACCUCUGAGAGACCGCCGCCGCCCCAGGCCUCGGAGGUGUUGCUGCCGCCGCCCCCGGACGCCAGCCCCGCCUCGGAGAUGUUCCCGCCGCCGCCCGGGGCCCGCGAGCUGCUGCUGGCGGAGGGCCGCCCCAGCUACCUGGCCGCCGCCGUCCAGAGGCCGCCGCACCUGCGCUACCGCUACCCGGCCACGGAGAACAUGCGCUACGGCUGGGACGUGCUGCGGCUGAGCGCGCUGCACCGCGUCAAGCGCCAACUGCCCGAGAAGCAGCAGACGCACCGGCGCUCCGGCAUUCAGAGCGACCCCGACCACCACCGCAGCCCCUUCGCCAUGAUGGAGCCGUGGUUCCAGAUCGUCAUCUGA